AGGCGGAGCAGAAGGCCGCGGAACCCUGCAGGUGGGUAAUCGACGACUCUUACGUGGGCGUCUUCAAGGGCUGGAACGUGGCCGCGAAGAGCUCGCAGCUCAAGGAGAUCAGCAGAUUCGAGGUUGCGAGAUACACCAUGGACCCGAGCAUCGAGGGGACCAUCCAACGCUGCAUGGAGAGGUGGGUGCCCGACGGCCCUGAGCGCAGGGAGCUGGCGGCCGCCCAGGGGCUGUCGGAGGAGCAGCAGGAGCAAGCCCGGCGUGGGCAGGCCGCUCAGAUCCUCUCCCUGCCCGAGGCCUUCUGCACCGGCGCCGCAGUCGGGGACCCGCAGGCCACCCUGAGCCUGGAGCUCGAGGUCCUGGAGGCGGCCGAGUACGCCGACGUGCACCUGGACGGGCGCGUGCUCCUGAGGGUGCUGGCGGAGGGCAAGGCCCGGACGCCGACCACGCCGGUGGUCACGGACCUCGCGACGGUCGCGGUGCACUUCCGCGUCGCGAAGUUCUUGUCCAACCAUUGCCUCCACGACCCGGGGGGCGCAGGAGUGAGCGAGGACUGUUUGGAGUGA